UAGGCUUUAAUUAUAUAUACAACGAUAAUAUAAGGUAAGAAAAGAUGACAAUUUCAACGUUCAUCACAACCCAACUAACGCUAUUUUAAUCUAUAAAUAUAAUUAUACAUCCUUUGGAUGCUCCAUCGCCGUCUUCAUUAAUUAGGUCUCUGAAAUUAAUUUCCAAUUGCCAAGGCCAACAAAAUGGGUGUGACCACUUUGCGUCAGGAGUUUGCAAGCCUUGUUCCAGCAGACAGGAUGUUCAAAGCUAUAAUCCUCGACUCUCACAACCUCGUCCACAAGCUUAUGCCUCAGGCCAUUAAAAGCAUCGAGAUCAUCCACGGUGACGGCGGCCAAGGAACCAUCAAGCAAACCAAUUUUGCCGAGGGAACCCGUUAUAGAUACAUGAAGCACAGAAUUGAUGCCCUGGACGUGGAAAACUUAACGUGCAAAUACAGUCUCAUAGAAGGGGACGUACUGUCCAAGGAGAUAGAAUAUAUUGCAUAUGAAGUUAAGUUUGAGAGUAAUUCUAAUGGAGGGUGUGUUUGUUAUGUGAAGAGUGAGUAUCACACUGUGGGUGACAUGGAGCUCAACGAGGAAGAUCUCAAGGCAGGCAAAGAACGAGCAAUUGGCAUGUUUAAAGUCGUCGAAGCUUAUCUCUUUGAAAAUCCGGCUGCUUAUGCUUAAUUUUUAUUUAAUUAGCUGCCUAUAUAUAUAUAUAUAUAUAUAUUUAAAACUACUCUUGUUUGUAUUUUCCCAAAAAAAAAAAAGAAAUAAAAAAAAUUCUCUUGUUUGAAACGUUUAUUUUUGCGAAUGAGAAAUCUUUUUUUUUUUUUGGGUGAAAAUUCCCAAAUGAAAAAUCGGUAUUGCUGGUUAGUAGAAAGUCUCAAAGUCAAAGUAGAGGGGCUGUAAUUUAGCAAUAUUUGUAUUACUUUAUAAUGCCUAUAAAAGUAGAAACAGAA